AUGGUAAUGGAACACAUGAAAGAAGGUAACCUACAACAAUACUUACAGAAAAAUUGCCAAAAAUUAAGUUUUAGCGACAAACUUAAUCAAUUGAAUGACAUUGCAAAAGGAUUAAAGGACAUUCAUCAGCAAAAAUUAAUUCACUGUGAUUUUCAUUCUGGUAAUAUAUUAUAUCCACCAUGUAGUAUCGCUGACUUGGGUUUGUGUAGGUCGACCAAUGAAGAAAACCGAGGGGAAAAAAUUUUCGGAGUAUUACCUUAUGUUGCUCCCGAAGUUUUACAAGGAAAACUAUACACUCAAGCCAGCGAUAUUUAUUCUUUUGGAAUGGUAGCCUAUGAAGUACUAACUGGGCUAACUCCUUAUCAUAAUUCAUCUCAUGACACAGAUUUGAGUGGGAAAAGUACUGAAUUUAUCCGCCAAAUCCAAGCAGCCGAAGAGUUUAAUGAAAAAUUAUCGGAAGAAGUAAGGCAUCCUGACUAUAUCAAACCUACAAAUACUAGACAGAUUAGUAAACAAAUAUAUGGCACUAAGGAUCUAGAUUUGGAAAUUAAUUUUGACCUCGAUGAAUUAAAUCUCCAAGAAACUAUUCAAGAAAAAAGUUCUGCCAAAGCACAGAUUGAACAACUACCUAAAUAA